AUGGUGAGCGCGCAAGCGUCGAUGCCGCCGUCGCCGUCGGCGCUGGUGGAUGCGACGCUGCUGUGGGGAGACGGACUGGACAUGAGUGUUCCGACGUCGCCACUGGCAGGUGGGCUGGACGGGGGAGCGAGCGUGCUUGACGCGCUGGUAACACCGUCGCGGAAGCGGAAGCGGAUGCCACUGACGGCGCCCGGCUCGGCGCCCGCGGCGCCGAUGGUGCAAGACGUUGCGCCGAGCUCGUUUCUUGACGAUCUCGGCGGCCUGUUUGGCUCGCUUGACGCGGUGCCGGAGCUUGCGCUAGCGUCGACCAUGGCGCUGGCGUCGAGCGUGUAUGACCAGCUCGAUGGCGACCUGGGCCUGGGCCUCGGCGACGGGAGCAGCGGAGGCGGGAUGGUGGAGCCGGGCGUGCUCGGCGGAGCUCCGUCGUCGCUCCUUGGUCUUGCGCCGCCGUCCGAGUCGCCGCUCCCGUCGAUGCAUCCAUCACCGUCGGUCUCGCCGGCGGCACCAAUUCCGCCGCCGUACACGGUUCUGCCGUCCGAGUCGUAUCUGCCCCGGCCGCCGCGACUGGCGCUUGCGGCUGCGACGGCCGAUUCAGACGACUACAGCGACGAUGACAGCGAUGAUCGGGACUUUGAGUCGUAUGACGACGAGUCUAGCUACGGCGACGAGUAUGGGUCGUCGGCCCGGUCGCGCCAUGGCGGCGGACGUCGUCUCGCAGGCAAGGGCAAGAGCAAGGGCAAGAGCAAGAGCAAGGCAGGCAAGUCCAAGUCACGGAGCAAGGCCAAGGCUCCCAAGUCCAAGCGGCGGCUGAGCGAUCUGGGCGAGCUGACGGCGCCGAUUGUGGGCUUGCCGGUGCGGCCGGCAGGGAGCGUGGUGGGGCAGGCCGCGCCUGCGGCGGACCCGAACAAGACAUCUAUUUAUGGAUACAUCAACGGGGCGCUGGACGCGGCGCGCGAGGCGCCGGCGGCCAAAAAGGCCAAGACUACCAACGGCGUGGCGGUGCCAGCGAGCCGCGGGCGAACGGUCUUUUCUUCGGUCCUGCAGCACGCGCUGAGUGCUGUGGAGAGCAAGGUGGCGGCGACGGCGGCGGUGGUCUCGAUCGAGAUGCUCGGGCACAGGCUGGUCGACGGGGUGGCCUUUGUGCGCAUCCAUUACAUCGGACUCCCUUCGUCGUACGACGAGUGGGUCCCGUCAUCUUCGCUCGUCCACCACUGA